GUCGAUUUCCUCCUGCCUCGCGCCAUUUCUUCUGCUCCACCCGAUAUGGAUGAUACGCUCCUCCAGUCUCCCUCCCUGCCAAAACGACCUUGUUGCAGCGGAGACCCUCUUCCGAUGGAAACUCCCAAGGUUUCCAUACCACAACAGAUGGAUGAUCUAUUAGAAACAUUUCUAGGGUUCUCUGAUUCCUCAUUCUCUAUUGACCUCUCCCUCGAGCGACUUCUUGAGUCUAGGGCUCGUGAUUCCGACAAGAACCAGCUGAUCGAGAACGCUCUUAAAUUGGGAUCCUCUCUGCUCGAGGCCGGUAAAAGAUCUGCCAGAAGGCGUGCUUCCAAGCAUAAUUCGGCCGUUUGGGCUCUUCCCCCCGAUCUCACAAUUAAAGUAUUUUCCAUGCUUGAUACACAAAGUUUAUGCUACGCUGCAGCUACUUGUUCAAUGUUCAACAAGUGUGCCAUGUGUCCGCUGUGCUAUGCUGAUAUUGACUUAAUAUCAUCGGUUCCAAAGGUCAAUAAUGUGGUUGUAUCUACAAUGAUCCAACGAGCAGGAAAGAACCUCCAGUCACUCAAGCUUGGUAUAUUGUCAGGACCAACUGCCUCUGGAACUUCUCGAUCUAUUUUUUAUUCCAUCAAGAACUCUGUAGAUUCAUCUGGUUUUGCAUGGAAUGAUAAGAGAGCCAGACAAGGGAAAGAGUCAUCCAUUCUGACAAGGUCAUGUUUAACAUCCCUAAGUGCAGAAGGUGGCACUGCUGGGGCUAUGUUGAGGAGGUUGCACCUCUACAAUAUUGACAGAAUGGACAAUGCAGCACUUUGUACAGCUUUAUCAGCCUGUCCAUCUCUCCUUGAUCUGGAAAUUGUUGGCCUUCAUGUUGAAUUGAGGCAAACUUUGGAGUCUGUGAGUGCAAAUUGUCACUUCAUGGAGCGUUUGUUCUUUGAGUCUUCUAAAACAGGCAGAGAUGACAGCUUGAAAACACCAACUUGUGUAGAUCUGGUAAAUGGUUGUCCUCAUCUAACUUCAUUGGCUCUCAGAGGGUUCAAGCUUCCUGACUAUAAAGUCCGUAUACUUGUUAAGGGAUUUCGCAAGAUAAGAUUUGUUGAUUUUUCAACAUCAUACUCAAUUACAGGCACCUUCCUGAGGAAUCUAGGCAGUGGUUCUAGUGGCAGUUCACUGGAGGUUCUGAUUUUACGUGACUGCAUGCAUCUCAAGGAAGUGGAAGUUGCUCGUUUUUUAGCAUCAGUUCUUGCAGGGGACUUCAAACUUCUUAGACACAUUGAUAUAUCCAACAGGGAGGGUCUAGCAUCUGAAGGUGAUUGGAUUGAGAGAUGCUACAAUUCAAGUUUGAUUCCUAUAAAGCGUGUUCUAGAAGAAAGGCCGGAGAUCUGCAUACUGGCUGAAUUUCCUUCUGAGGGGAGCUUUAUGGAGAUCGAACAAAUAAUUGACAGUGAUGUAAAUAGUGAUGCCAGUUUGCCAUCGCACAUAAGCAUUCCCACAUCUGAUGGUUCACUGUUUACAAGUUCAUCAGAUGGUAGCUAUAACAGUGAUCAAGGUAGUGGCAAUGAGGAUAGCCGAGAUGCUGCUUAUGUAUUUUAUGAGGAAAGCUCAGCAGACGAGGUUGAACUGGCUCUAUAGUGAAGAUUAAAGGCAGGCUACACAUGUGGAUUUUGAGUCAGCAAAAGAGAAGUCUUUAUCAUGGAAUAUGUGGCAACUUGGAAAACAGUAGCCAGCAAAGCAAGCAGCGAGUUCUUGAUCGGCUGAUCUUUAUAUAACUCAUUUAAUUCCAAAAACUUUCCUACUCUGAUUCUGUGCAUGAGGUUGUACCGAUUCUGCAGAAAAUUUCAGUUUGGAUUAUUUUCUGUAAAUUUUCAACCAACGUUUUCAUAUUUACUAGCAGGCGGGGGGAGAUACAAUUAAAAAUCCCCUGUAAAGGACUUCCAGUUUCAGGGCUUUUCCUUUUGACAUAUGACUCUUUACCAAAAUUUAUCAACUUAUCCUUUUCAAGGGUGAUUAAUUGUAAUUAGCUUGUGCUGUUGGGAAGAA